ACUACACCAACACAAAGCAAAACGGCCGAGGCCGUCACACUGUCGCGCCCCUACCCGCUCCGCCACCACUCUACCUGCUCCGAUCUGACGCCGCCGCCGCCUCGGCACCGGCCGCAGCACGCGGCGUCGCCCCCCAUCCCGCCCGCCAAAUCCGCGGCAGCGCGCGCGGCGCCGCCGCAGCCAUGCCCAGCUCGCCCAAGGUGUUCUCCUCCUCGGCCGCCGCAGCCUCCCGCCGCUCCUCGCUCCGCCGCCUCCUCUCCUCGCCGGCCGUCUCCGCGGCCUGCCUCCUCUUCGGCCUCGCCGGGUUCCUCGCCGCCGCGGUCUCCCUCUCCCGGGCGCCCGCCGAGGCCCCGCGGGGCCGCUGCCCGGACUCCUCGCACCCGCUCUCCGUCUCCGUCGCCUGGGACCGGCGCCCCGGGGAUGCCGCGGGCGGCGCCACCGACCUCCCGGCGGGCCUCGCCACCGGAUCGCGCGGCAGGCACAAGGUCAUGGCCUUCGUCGGGAUCUUCACCGGGUUCGGCUCCGUCGGCCGCCGCCGCGCGCUCAGGCGGACGUGGCUCCCCUCCGAUCGGCAGGGUCUCCUUCGGUUGGAGGAAGCUACUGGUCUGGCAUUCAGAUUUGUGAUCGGCAAAAGCAAUGACAAGUCUAAGAUGGCAGCUCUUGAAAGAGAGGUUGAAGAAUAUGAUGAUUUUGUGCUUUUAGAUCUUGAGGAGGAGUAUAGCAGGCUUCCAUACAAAACGUUAGCAUUCUUUAAGGCUGCCUAUGCGUUGUUCGAUUCUGAUUUCUAUGUUAAAGCUGAUGAUGACAUUUACUUGAGACCAGAUAGACUCUCCUUGCUCUUGGCCAAGGAACGUACACAUACACAAACAUACAUUGGAUGCAUGAAGAAGGGGCCUGUUUUUACUGAUCCCAAAUUGAAAUGGUAUGAGCCACAGUCCUUCCUACUUGGAUCAGGAUACUUCCUUCAUGCAUAUGGGCCUAUUUAUGCUUUAUCAGCUGAUGUGGUGGCAAGCUUAGUUGCUCUGAGAAACAACAGUUUCCGGAUGUUCAACAACGAGGAUGUUACUAUUGGAUCCUGGAUGCUUGCUAUGAACGUCAACCACGAGAACACCCAUGCUCUCUGCGAACCUGAGUGCACAGCAUCCUCAAUUGCUGUCUGGGACAUUCCAAAAUGCUCAGGGCUAUGCCACCCGGAGGUAAAGAUGCUGGAGCUUCACCAGCGGAAAGAGUGCACGGGUGGUCCAACGGAGGCCGCUGAAACCGAUGACGAGUGAAGCUUCGUCAGGACACAGGGAGCCCUGCAUGCAUGGACAUUGGACCAGGCGGCAUGCCAUGAUGACACAAACGGUCGGUUGACCCAAUAGAUUCUUGGAGUGCCUACACAUCUGAUUCGAUUCGAUCCCAUCACCAGGAUUGCCGUUUUGCAAGCACACUGACGGGGAACCCUACAGCUGCGUGCGAUUCAGGCGCCACAGCAAGCGCAGCCGCAGCACAUUCUUGCCUGCUUUUUAACCACAAAAUUGUAGUAUUACUGUUACCAUCGGAGGCGUCGUCGUGACAAGAGUUUUGUUGUAUAGAAGAAGGGGAAUGCCGUGGUACAGUACAAAUUAAGUAAGCAGCGCACCGUGCAUUUUGCUUUC